UUGGCUUUUCGUUGCUGUGUCCCUGACUAAUCAACUUCACCACCGCCCUGAUAAACGCCGUGAGCCCGAGGCUGUCGGUUAGUGGCCCUGCCCAGCCGACUGCUAUUUACAGAAGAGCUGCUUAGGUAACAGCCCGCAGCCCAAUGGUUGUGCGGGGGCUGUGCCCUUGUGUCACAGUCUAGAUCGCAGUCCCGGGACUUAGUUAUCACUGAAGCCUCGGCCGUUGUUAGUGAUGGAGGUGCCAAGCGCUCGCACUGAAAUGCUGCAACUGGCCGACGAGGCUCUCCGGGUGAAGAACGACGAGCUGGCGGCCGGCAUGUACGAGUUCAGGUUGUUGGAGCUGGGCCCCGAGCGGCGCGUCUGCCUGCGCCAGGCCGACGAUCUGUGCCGCUGCGACCGCUUCAGCGAGGCCCUGGAGGCCUACCAGAAGGCAGCGGAACUGGGCCGACUCCGGCCCGAAGACAUGCAGACCCUGCUGGACAGCAUCACGACCAGUAUCCGCAGCAAGGAGAUGGAGGGCAGCGGCGGACCACAGGGCCCAGGCCAGCUCCGGCCCAGCGACCCGCUCGGUCCAGGCGACGAGGAAGAGGACGCUGCCGGGCGGUCGCCGCUGGGCUGCGGCUUGUGCUUGCGGCUGCUCUUCGAGCCCGCGUCGCUGCCGUGCGGACACUCCUUCUGCCGGCGGUGCCUGGAGCAGGCGCCGGCAAAGUGUCGGCUCUGCAAGCUCCCCGCUGCCGUGCUGCCCGGACCCAGGGCCGGGGCUGGAUCCACGGCCUCCUCAUCCCCGGUCUCCCCCACUGACUCUAGCUUCCGCCCCAAUGUGGUUCUCUGCAAAUUAAUGGAGAAGUGGUUCCCGUGUGAGAGCCGCGCUCGGAGGCUGCAGGCUGAGGCCGAGGCGCUGCACCAGAGCCGCGACUUUAUGGGCGCCCUGAAGCUCAUCGGACAAGCGCUGUCGCUGGUACCCCAUGACUACUCUAUGUUGUGUAAACGUGCAGAACUUUAUGUAACUCUUGGAAAAUAUGAAGAAGCACGUUGUGAUGGGGAUAAAGCGUGUGCAAUGAAACCUCUAAAGGCAAAGGGGCAUUUUUGGAAAGCCGAAGCUCUUGCUAAAAUGGGUAGAAUUGAAGAAGCUUUGAAGGAAUAUUUAUACUGCUUUGCUCUGAGACCAGAGUGGAAAGCUGUAAAAGUAAAAGCUCAAAAGAUCAUGUGUGAUAUUUUUGCUCCUGUUGUGGAAAAUAUGGAGGACGCCCUAAUAACCAACGUGCGGGUGCAGUCAUCUAUUAGACCCAAGCCUACUUUUCUCAGCACUCUCAAUUCUGCGCCGGUUCUCGAAGCUGGAGCAGUUAAUGGACCUUUUGAGUCUUUGGUCAAUAUGAAUAAAUCUGUAGUCGAGGAGCCACAUGAAUCUAAUCAAACAUUGACUAAGUCCAAGAUAACACUCAGAGAAAAUUCUCUGUCGGUUGAACUAGCUCCAUCCAGUUCAAUUCAUGACAGCUGCAAGAGAAAGCUAUCAAGUGAGGCAGAGUUCUGCGAAAACUUCAAAAGACCCAACAAAAUGGCUAAAAAAGACGAAUUUGCACCUUUUACUUCCAAAGCACAUGGGGAAAUUCCCGUUCACCUUGUGGAUCCAUCAGAUUUCGAAUGUUCUCUUUGUAUGAGAUUGUUCUAUGAACCUGUCACCACUUCCUGUGGGCACACCUUCUGUCUGAGGUGUUUAGAACGUUCUCUGGAUCAUAAUUCCAGAUGUCCACUUUGUAAAGAAAAUGUAGCAGAGUAUUUGGAAACAAGGGCUUUUGGUAAGACGUUCUUGAUAGAAGACCUGAUUGUUCGAAACAUGCCUGAAGAAUUAAAAGAGCGAAAGAAGUUUCAUGAAGAAGAAAUGGAAGAGCUGUCCAACCUCACUGAAAAUGUUCCGAUUUUUGUCUGCACCAUGAGCUUCCCAACUAUUCCAUGUCCUCUCCAUGUUUUUGAACCACGAUAUCGACUUAUGAUCCGCAUGUGUAUGGAAACUGGCACCAAGCAAUUUGGAAUGUGCGUUGGAAAUGAACUUAAAGGAUUUGCUGAUUAUGGCUGCAUGCUAGAAGUCAGGGAUGUGAAGUUUUUCCCUGAUGGACGCUCUGUAGUUGAUACAGUUGGCAAACGUCGAUUUAAAGUGUUACACCAUGGACGGAGAGACGGAUAUAACACUGCUAAUAUUGAAUAUCUGGUAGACAAGAAGGUGGAAGGGGAAGAGUAUAAUGAACUUGUUUCUCUGUCUGACUCUGUGUAUGACCAAGCCUUCAAUUGGUUCAAAUCUCUCAAGGAUGAUAUGAGAACUCAAAUCCUGAAUCACUUUGGACCAAUGCCGGGAAAGGUGCCAAUACCUCAGUUAAGUCAAGAUGGCCCUGCCUGGUGCUGGUGGCUGUUAGCUGUAUUACCUUUGGAAAGUCGUGCUCAGCUCGCAGUUCUCUCAAUGACCUCGCUCAAAAAUCGCCUUAUUGCUAUUCGCCGUGUAUUGGUAUUUGUGACCCGAAAACGGUUCCGACCAUUGUGAUGAUGAUUUAUUGGGAUUCAUAUCUGCCUUCCAAAUGUAUUACUUCUUGGUUGUUACUUUUUAGUUGAAUCUACAUAUGGAAAACUCAUCAUGGCCCAGUCUAAAGCAAAAUCAUGUAGCUUUUGAAAGGAGAAAUAAAACUGAACAGCGAGUUGCCCUUUCCACAUGAAUCAGUCAAAGAAAAUGUGCUGAUAAACAGUUACAUGUUUAAGUAGAGUCGACCUCUCUUGGUAAACAAAAAAUCAUCAUGCAGAUGUAGUGAGGACCAAGUGGGGUCAAAUUAAACAGUGCUGUGUAGACUUGAAAUAAUAUGUUUAAUGUCCAUAGAUUGUAGGUCUUUCAUCUUUCCAAGAAAUCAGGAGUGGCAUAGCUGGUAUUCAGAACUUGGAAUAAGGGCAGUGUAUGUGGAAAGCUAAUUUUAACUGGUCAUCGUGUCUGAAUGGAUAAAACAUGGUCUAUUUACACUGCUGAGAUCUGAAAAAAACAAAAACAUCUAAGAUUUACUGCCAACUGUAAAUAUGCAGACAGUUGGCAAAUCUUAGACGUUUUUGUUUUUUCAGAUCUCAACAAUCUAAAAUAUCUCAACUCUUACGUUAUUAAUUAUUUUCAAAGCUCAGUAAUUCUUAAGAAAUUACUUUAACUGGUACAGGAAAGUUCUGUUUCCUAUCCUUUGCCUAUCAUCACUCUGAGUGCUAUUUUUCAGGCAAAAGUUGAUUUAACUUUUGAUUUAUUUUAGAUUCCUCCAUUCACUGCAUAUAAAUGUUUAAUCCAUUACUGUAUUGGAACCAGUUUUCUUUGAUUUCCCAGUAACAUUGUGCCAUUCAACCAUCUAGAAUUCAUUUAAUUCCUAACAUCAUGGCAAAAAUUAUGUCGACUUGCCUGUUAAAAAUGUUGCACACUUGUAAUGGGAAAUACUCAUUGUGUGUUUGGAAAAAUGUAUUGUUGCUGUGAAUUUUACUGUUUUUUUUUGUUUGUAACGUAAAAAGCAUUCACUGAUUUGUGGUAUUGCCAUGGUUGAAUUUGUACAAUUUCACGUGCAUUUUCAAAUUGUAGUACUGCUUGAACACAAUAACUUCUUUGCGUUUGUUGAAGUUGAAACCAAAAAGAGUAAGGUUAUAUAUUUGUUACUAAAACAUGACUCAUGAAAAAGCAUUGUCCAAAUAUUGUCAACUUUUGAUUCAAUUUGUAUCGUCUUUGAUAUUGUUCCUGGCAUUUAUUGUGACUUAUGUGGAGUGUAUAUACAGACGCAGAAUUUGUU